CCGGUCGGAGGGCGCGCGAGGGAGAGGAGAGCGAGCGAGUUGAGGGACUGACACAAAUGGUCAGGCGGCGGCGGCGAAGGAGGAGGCGGAGGCGCAGGGGGGAGCCGAGGCUGCUGGGCUGCCGAGAGUUGCGCGCUCUACCCGGCAGCCGCCACUAGCGCGGCGCCGCCCGCCGGGAGCCAGCCAGCCGAGGGCCAGGAAGGCGGGACGCGGCCCCGGCGCGCCCGAGCCACCCGGGCUCUCCCCGCAGCCCGCGCUUCAUGAAUCGCAAGUUUCCGCGGCGGCGGUGGCUGCGGGACGCGGAGCGGGAGCCGGGGGAGCGGGCCGAGCACUGCUCGGGCUCGACGGAGGGCGCCGGCGGGGACGAGAUAGCCCCGGCCGCAGGGGGAGCAGCCGCCGGCCGCGCCGCAGCCCGCCCCAGCCGAGCGGCGCCGAGAAGGGAGCCGAGAAAGUAUGGCUGAGGAGGAGGCGCCUAAGAAGUCCCGGGCCGCGGGCGGCGGCGGCGGCGCGAGCUGGGAACUUUGUGCCGGGGCGCUCCGCGCUGGACCGGUGGCGGCGGGGAGCGGGGACGCGGGCAGCCGCCGCCGCCCCCCAGCUGACUCGGGGCGCUUGGCGCGCCGGCUGCUACUACUGCUUUGGCUGCUGGAGGCUCCGCUGCUGCUGGGGGUCCGGGCGCAGGCGGCCGGCCAGGGGCCCGGGCCGGGGCAGCAGCCCCCGCCGCCUCAGCAGCAGCAGAGCGGGCAGCAGUACAACGGCGAGCGGGGCAUCUCUAUACCGGACCACGGCUACUGCCAGCCCAUCUCCAUCCCGCUGUGCACGGACAUCGCGUACAACCAGACUAUCAUGCCCAACCUGCUGGGCCAUACGAACCAGGAGGAUGCGGGCCUCGAGGUGCACCAGUUCUACCCUCUAGUCAAGGUGCAGUGCUCCGCGGAGCUCAAGUUCUUCCUGUGCUCCAUGUACGCGCCGGUGUGCACGGUGCUGGAGCAGGCGCUGCCGCCUUGCCGCUCCCUGUGCGAGCGCGCGCGCCAGGGCUGCGAGGCGCUCAUGAACAAGUUCGGCUUCCAGUGGCCUGACACGCUCAAGUGCGAGAAGUUCCCGGUGCACGGCGCCGGAGAGCUGUGCGUGGGACAGAACACGUCGGACAAGGGCACCCCGACGCCCUCGCUGCUGCCUGAGUUCUGGACCAGCAACCCCCAGCACGGCGGCGGAGGGCACCGGGGCGGCGGCUUCCCGGGGGGCCCCGGCGUGUCGGAGCGAGGCAAGUUCUCGUGCCCGCGCGCCCUCAAGGUGCCCUCCUACCUCAACUACCACUUCCUGGGGGAAAAGGACUGCGGCGCGCCCUGCGAGCCGACCAAGGUGUACGGGCUGAUGUAUUUUGGGCCGGAGGAGCUGCGCUUCUCGCGCACCUGGAUCGGCAUCUGGUCAGUGCUGUGCUGCGCCUCCACGCUCUUCACCGUGCUCACGUACCUGGUGGACAUGCGGCGCUUCAGCUACCCGGAGAGGCCCAUCAUCUUCCUGUCGGGCUGCUACACGGCCGUGGCCGUGGCCUACAUCGCCGGCUUCCUGCUGGAGGACCGGGUGGUGUGUAACGACAAAUUCGCGGAGGACGGGGCGCGCACAGUGGCGCAGGGCACCAAGAAGGAGGGCUGCACCAUCCUCUUCAUGAUGCUCUACUUCUUCAGCAUGGCCAGCUCCAUCUGGUGGGUGAUCCUGUCGCUCACCUGGUUCCUGGCAGCCGGUAUGAAGUGGGGCCACGAAGCCAUCGAGGCGAACUCUCAGUAUUUUCACCUGGCCGCCUGGGCCGUGCCGGCCAUCAAGACCAUCACCAUCCUGGCGCUGGGCCAGGUGGACGGCGAUGUGCUGAGCGGGGUGUGCUUCGUGGGGCUCAACAACGUGGACGCCCUGCGCGGCUUCGUGCUAGCGCCACUCUUCGUGUACCUCUUCAUCGGCACAUCUUUCCUGCUGGCCGGUUUCGUGUCCCUCUUCCGCAUUCGCACUAUCAUGAAGCACGACGGCACCAAGACCGAGAAGCUGGAGAAGCUCAUGGUGCGCAUCGGCGUCUUCAGCGUGCUCUACACGGUGCCAGCCACUAUCGUCAUCGCCUGCUACUUCUAUGAGCAGGCCUUCCGGGACCAGUGGGAGCGCAGCUGGGUGGCCCAGAGCUGCAAGAGCUAUGCCAUCCCCUGCCCCCACCUCCAGGCGGGCGGCGCCCCGCCGCACCCGCCCAUGAGCCCCGACUUCACAGUCUUCAUGAUCAAGUAUCUUAUGACGCUGAUCGUGGGCAUCACGUCUGGCUUCUGGAUCUGGUCCGGCAAGACCCUCAACUCCUGGAGGAAGUUCUACACUAGGCUCACCAACAGCAAGCAGGGGGAGACCACAGUCUGAGACCAGGGGCUCAGCCCCUUCCCAGCCCUCGGCCUGGUCCCAGCCACCCCCAAAACCUGGCCCUAUGGAAUCCUUGCCAAGUCUGGCUACUCGAGGCUUUCUCACUAGUCAUUCACUUUCGCAGGCUCCUUUUAACACCGCGGCUCCUGCAAAAGCUUCUGUCCCUGGGGGCAAAGGGACUCGAGGGCCUAACUGCCAGAGGGGGGAUGGACAGACCUCUCUUGCUCUGGUACCAGGACUGUACGCUUUUAUGAUUGUAAAUAGCCUGUGUAAGAUUUUUGUAAGUAUAUUUGUAUUUAAAUGA